GUAGCCAAAGUCCUUACCAAUAUCACAAGCGCUAAGCCUACAUACUUUUGAUGAGAGCAGAUAACCUCUUCCUCAAACUGACUUUGUUCUGUUAUACAUCUUAAAAGACUUUUGAAAAAUGUUAUCAUUAGAUGUUGAACCUCACAAGAGAUAGAGAAAAUGCGUUAUAUUGACAAUCAACAGUGCACAGAAUAACUCGGUAUUUCGUGUGCUGGCAGCUCUUAUGUUUCCUUCCACAGCCCUCUUCCAUGAAAUUGAUUGUCCCUUUCUUCGAUGGGGACGAUGCAAUCGACCUUAUUGUUUGUAUAAUCACGGCAAAGACAAUACGUCUGGCGUGACUACGACAGAACUUGGAGAUCCUGAAGUCACUUCUGCCAAUGGAGCCUCUCACACCAAUGAGGACAGUUAUGCUUGCCUUGAGGAAUUGGAGAGGAUCAACAAAGAAAUAGAGGCAGUAAAGUGUGAGGUGGAGAAAGAACAAAAAAGACUGUCUCGCUAUCAGACAUCGCAGUCCCUUGUGCAGACAGAUGCAGGUCUUUGCUCUGAGAAAUAUUUGAGAACCACCAACAGUAAGGCUAAAGACCAGAAUGGAAACCAUUUGAGAUACAAAAAACCUGCUUCCACAACCAGCGGUCUUAAGUAUGUGGUUGAUCGUGCCAGACCCAAGACUGAUUUGGAAUAUGACCCUUGUUCCAAUUUUUCAGCAGACUUAUUAUCUAGCUGCUCAGUAGACUGUAAGCUAAAGUCAACUGAUAAAGCGGAUACUGAACAUAGCCUGAAGAAUAACCGAACAGGAAAAAAUGUUCAGCCUCUUUCCUGUCAUUUUGAUGACUCUGACGAUGAAGGUACCUUGGUCAUUGACAUUCCACCUUCAGCAAAAGAUCAGGUAAAAUGCAGGACCAAACAGAAAGGCAAGAGUACUCCACAUUUACAUGAGGGGAAUUGUGCUGUUAAUAAUGAUCUUCUUGCAAAUGACCAAACAAAACCCAGGCAGCACAAGGAAAAGUUGUCUUCUGAUGGACUUCAAAGUCAUGAAAUUAAAAAUAGACAGGGUGACCAAGAGAAUAAAAGGACCUCAGCGAAACCUGUGAUGAUUCCACAAGAACAAGAGUCUUCUGAAGGGGAACUUGUCAUUGAUGUGUCACCUCUUGAAGAUGGACAUAAGCUCUCAAAGCAGUGUGGAACUACAACCAAGGAACUACCCACAUUAUGCCCUAUUAGCGAUGCCCCAGCUGAAGAUGGUAAAGAGGCUAAUGAAGGGCCCUUAAAUAAACGGGUAAUGACUGGAAAGCACUCCGUAAAAGAAACCAAGCCUUUUCUGGAGGAUCUAACAGAAGUACCUGUGUCUGAAGCAGUUAACUCUACAAAUCUCAAUAUGGAAGCAUUUGUUAUACAAAAAGAGGAAAAAGCUCACAACAUGGAAAACGUCCUGCAUGACAUUUCGACAUGUCUAGACAAUCUGAGAAGUGAGAGUGAGCGGAUCAAAUGCAGUCAAGAUGUUAAGAUGCUUCCUGUCAGUUAUGUUUAUGGAGAUGAAUAUAUUUCCUCACAGUCUCCUGCGUUUGAUGUACAAGAUGCAACUUCUGAGGCAGAACCGCAAAUUGAUAUCUCAAGUUAUACUCAAAAGUCAGAAGUUAUUCCUUCUAUCAAGAUUUCGCAAGAGCAAGCACUUCAGCAGUACUUUGCCAUGGUCUCAUCUCAGUCCUUUCCUUCAUCCUUACCUAAGGUAGAAGAGCACAGAUGUGGUCCACACUCUCAAAACCUGGCUAAAACAUCUUGGCCAACUAUUCCAAAAAGUCCUAUUGAACCAUUUGUUCAGAAUAUGCCCGCAUAUGUUUCAGGGAUUGACACCGGAACUGUUUUUGCACCAACAAUUAGUCAACUAAACCUAAGAGCAACUGUGGCGCAAAAAUUAUCAACAUCAAUUGCAUCAUUCCCUGUUCCCUGUGCCAUACCUGUUCCUUCACAGACCUUUGCAUCUGCAGGAAGUAAUAAGGAAGCCAUUGUGAUUGACUCCAGUUCUGAUGAGGAGCUUAGGUACUCGGACUUAGAUCUUUCAGAAUCUGACCCAAUGGAAGAGUGCUACAGAAUCUUCAUGGAAGCCAACCAAAAUGAAGGUCCUGUGGUUCAGUUUGAUCCACCUGAAGAACUAUUAGAGGCCCAGGAAACUGAGAAGUCUAAUUCAGUCGCUGUGUUGAAGAAAAGGGUGGCACAUGUGGCAAAGUUUGAGCCAGCCAGUAAAAGCAAAGCACAGAUUAUUGUCCCUCUACGAGAAGGAGGCUCCCAGUUGACCUUUCCCUCCAGAAAUCAGUUAUGCCAAAGAAGAGCAGCUAUUUUGACUGCUGCUGUGAAAGGGUGUCAGCCCCAGGCCAUAAGCAGUGCUCCAAAGAAGGUUUAUACACCCAAUGUCAUUCAUUCAACUACAGUGCAAAACUCCUGUGUUGGUAUUUUUCCGGUUGCUGCUACUGUACAGCUGGGGACGAACUUGCACUUCAUCGUACCUGAAGGAAAUUGUUCUUUACCUCUGACACUGAUUCCUACCACAAUCCCCAUCCAACGGCCACCUCAGCCUCCUCCAUCUGUUCAGCUUUCACAAACUCUACAUCCUCCACAACCAGCCAACUACACACCAGCUAAGGCUAUGGGUGUCAAACGAAAAGCAAAAGUACGCCAAGAGGUUGGGGUAAAGGUGCCACAUGAUGUUCGUCAACGCUACGUGAACCUCUUUGUGGAGGAGUUCCUGAAAUCAUCUGUGACAGUGCAAGAUGCGUUUGAGAAGGCUCUGGCAGAAGAAAAAAAUGUUUAUGACCGCAGUAUCAAUAAGCUCAAGUAUCUAAGCAUAGCUGUCAAUGCACUCAAGAGACUUAAAAACCAAAACAUCUUGCCUGCCAAAGCUCCCAGUGAGAGAGAUCAGCAUGUGUCUAGAGGCAAUGUACCACUAAAUACUCAAGCACUUCAGGGACCCGGUGAUUUGACACUUUAUGAGCAACUGAAGGAACACGUUCUAUCUGAGGACAUGUUGCGAGUAAACAACUUCCCUCGUAAAAACAAGGAUAAAGCUGAUUUUGCCAUCCAGUAUGGAGAUACCAAGAAGGGCAUAAGUGACCUUACAGCUUUGAAGAGAAUCUGCUGUCGAUGUGGAGCAACGUUUUCUGUUGACAAAAGUGGAAAGCACACCCGCAGAGAGGAGUGUAACUACCAUUAUGGAAAAGUCCUAGAGAAUCGAGUGCCGGGAGGUGUUGAGACGCGCUACAGUUGUUGUGAGAAUGCAGUUGGGUCACCUGGAUGCCAAGUGUUCAAUCUUCAUGUCCAUGAUGCAAUAAGUCUUCAGGGCUUUGUGAACAGUCCUCAAUCAUCAGUGGCCAAAGCAUGUCCAGGAGUCUUUGCUGUUGACACACAAAUAUGUUACACGACUCAAGGUCUGGAACUAGCAAGAGUGACUGUGGUCAACAGCAGUUUGCAAGUUAUCUUUGACUCCUUUGUCAAGCCUGAUAAGGAUGUCAUUGACUAUAAUACCAGGUUCUCGGGCAUCAGCGAGGAUGACGUGAAGGGUACCAACUCAUCUUUGCGUGAUGUACAAGCAGCGCUUUUGAGCUUUAUUAAUGCAGACACGAUUCUGAUUGGCCAUGGCUUGGAGAAUGACUUAACUGCUCUCAAAAUUAUUCACAGCACUGUGAUUGACACCUCUGUGGUGUUUCCUCAUCGUCUGGGUCUGCCACACAAAAGAGAACUUAACAGUCUGACUGCAGACUAUCUCCGGAGAAUUAUCCAAGAGAGCGUGGUGGGUCAUGACACACGCGAGGAUGCCACGGCAUGCAUGGAGCUCAUGCUUUGGAGGGUGAAAGAAGACUCCAAAGUGAAAAGAUGGUGACCUUCAAUAAAACUUAUUCAUUUUUCUUUGUUCAUUCAAGGCAUGAAUCAGUGCAUUUGGUGUUUUUGUUCGCAUACAAAUCUGUGCGGAGUGUUGGGUAUUUAGUUAGUUUACUAUAAAUGGGUGUAUGAUAUUGUAUUUGGUCAUAAAUAUU